AUGUCUGAUUUGGGUCCCCUUAGCUACUUUUUGGGCAUUGAGGUGAUGCAUUCUGCCUCGGGCUAUUACCUUUCUCAGUCCAAAUACAUACAAGACCUUCUUGUUCAUUCCGGUAUUACUGGUAAUCGGACAUCGAUUACACCUAUGGAUCUUCACUUACAGCUUCGUCCUACUGAUGGUACUCCUCUUGAGGAUCCCUCUCGCUAUCACCAUAUUGUCGGCAGUCUUGUUUAUCUUACUGUUACCAGACCCGAUAUUGCUCACGCAGUUCAUAUAUUGAGUCAAUUUGUGAGUGCUCCUACUUCAGUUCAUUUUGGGCAUUUGCUUCGCGUGCUACGAUACUUAAGGGGGACAUCAUCUCAGUGUUUAUUUUAUGCUCGUGAUAGUCCGCUUCAGGUUCAUGCUUACUCGGAUUCUACUUGGGCGAGUAAUCCAACCGAUCGUCGUUCUGUCACUGGUUAUUGCAUUUUUCUUGGUUCUUCUCCCCUUACAUGGAAGUCCAAGAAGCAGACAGCUGUAUCUCGAUCUAGUACAGAGGCCGAACUUCGAGCACUUGCUACUACCACUUCAGAAAUUAUAUGGCUUCGAUGGUUGUUAGCCGAUUUUGGUAUUCCAUGUGAUGAUCCUACUCCUCUUCUUUGUGAUAAUACUGGAGCAAUUCAAAUUGCCAAUGAAUCCAGUAAAGCAUGA